CAUAAUCAAUGUCAAAGUGAUGAGUAAAUUGUUGUGCAUUUUUUUGUGUCGCAUGUUUUAAAUAUUAAAAAGUUACAUCUUAAGUGUAAAGCCACAAUUGUCUCUAAAAAGACAAUUUUUUAUAGAUUUAUCAGUAUAAAAUAGUGCAUUAACAAUGGCAGAUAAAUUAACUCUCAAUAAGCAUGCUAUGAAGGAUAAAGCUACGGCACAUCUUCGUAUUUACGUUGGUGGACUAACCGAUGAUGCUAAUGUGGACGAACUAUAUAAUCAUUUUAUAGAAUACGGUGAAAUUGAUGGAAUAGUGAUUAACAGAAUUUUUGGUUUUGUGCAAUUUCGACAAGAGUCAAGUGCUGUAGAAGCAAUAAAGAAGGCAAAUGGAAGUGUUUUCCAAGGAAAAACAAUCACAGUAAGGGCUGCCCAAAGGAAUGGACCUAAAAGAGAAACAGAAGUGGUAACUAUGCAAUCAGAUAAGCCUCCAGCUGUUGCACUGUCUACUAAUUUACCUAUCGCAAGUGAAGAAGCGACUGAUGAAUAUGACAACUAUGGAAAUUACGUUGGGGAGCAAAGUAAAGGUUACAGGGAAGAAGAGUAUGAUGAAGGUUAUAACAAGCCAGGUUGGAAUGAGCGUGACGCGCCGCCUCGAGGCGGACCGCGUGGGAGGGCCAGUGGAAGGGGAAGAGGACGGGGCGCUCCACCUGGUUUCAGGGAACGAACACCUACUAGAGGAGGAGAAUGGCCUGAUAGGAAUUAUGAUAGAUAUCCACAACCCGAGUAUCCAAGAGCCUUACCAGUACCAGAGAGGAAUGACUGCGAAAUUAUUGUAGUAUCGAAAGCACUCACAGAAUAUGCAGAGUACAUUGAGGGACGUCUAAAAAGACUAGGCAUAGUCGUAGAUCUCCUCUUUCCAAUGGAAGAUGUACCGAUUGGGAAAGUGCUUGGAAAUAUUGCAUCUCGAGGAUGUCUUUAUGCAAUAUUGGUUAUGCCCUUAAAUCUGGAGCAUAGAUCAUUGACACUGACUAUACUUCACGGCUUACCACAAGAACAUCGCAAUAUGCCUCUCGAAGAUGCUCUACAGCUUUUAUCAAGGAAUUUUCAAGAAGUGCAACGAGGAGGGCCAUCGGGUAGAGAAGCAGUCUAUGCUCUGUUGGGGCAGUUGGCAGAUGGGCGUAGCUUAACUGUGCUUCAAUAUGACAAAGUUAUCGAGUAUUUACAGGAACGAAGAGAGCAACAAUAUAAAAUAGAACUGGGCGAACCGUUGACACCAGCCCCAACGACUAAUAAAACACAAGUAGAUUUACAGCAAAGAAUUUUGAGUAUACUCAAUGAGAAAAAAGUUACAGAUAAGUCAGAAUCUCCACCGAUUUCAACACCACCAGUUAACAAGCAGGAGCCACAGAGCAAACUCUUAAAUGAUCCGACAGUCAGAAAGGCUUUAGAUACAAUAUUACAAAAAUUUGUAUAAGUAAUUUCUAAGUUUUGUCUAUAAUUUGAAUUAGUGUGAAAGAAGUAACUGUAAUAAUUUUCAUAACAUUAAAUAAAAGUAAUUACAACUGAA